AUGCAUCUCAUCCUCACAGGAGCCACGGGUCUUGUCGGCUCGGCGGUUCUCGAUGCCAUGAUCAAAAUGCCCGAGGUGACGCGCAUCUCAGUCCUCAGCCGGCGGCCAGUCAAGAUGAUGGAAGCUACCAAGGACAAGCGCGUCAACUUAAUCAUCCACGAGGACUUUAUGAAAUACGACGGCAGCCUCCUCGGCCAGCUUGCCGAUGCCGAGGGCUGCGUGUGGGCGUUGGGCAUCAGCCAGUCGCAAGUGGGCAAAGAAGAGUACAUCAAGAUCACGAAAGACUACGCGCUCGCGGCCGCCGAGGCGUUCCAGAAUCUCCCGGCAGUUGCGUCGCCGGCCGACAAAAAGCCCUUCCACUUCGUCUACGUGUCGGGCGAGGGCGCGACGCACAAGCCCGGCAUGCUGACGCCCAUCUUCGGGCGCGUCAAGGGCGAGACGGAGCUGCGGCUGGCCGAGAUGCGCCGCGCCAACCCGUACUUCCGCUCCAGCUCCCCGCGCCCCGCCAUCGUCGACGCCGCAAACCACCCCGCCAUCCAGCCGUACAUCCCUGCCCUCGGGUUUGCCAGGAGCGCUCUCGGCACGGCCCUCACCCCGUUCAUGCGCGUCUACAAGGCGGCUUGCAGCCCUACUGAGAAGCUUGGCCCGUUCUUGACGGAGAUGGCCCUCGGCCGGUGGGACGGCGAUGAGUUUGUCGGCAAGGGCUACGAGAGGCUCCCUGGUGGGUUUCCGAUCUUGGAGAAUACCGGCAUGCGCAGGCUCGGGGAGUGGUGA